AUGUCACUACUCCCUCGGUCCGUUCCUCGGAUCAUCCUACGAAGGUCCUAUGGCACCGUCCAGUCCUCCCCCAGUGCGGCUUCAAUUGCCAGCAGAAUCCCGGUAGCUCUGCAAGAGGCAACGGCCGCAACGGUGCCCCGGACCACAUGGACCCGCGAAGAGGUCCAGCAGAUCUAUGAGACCCCGUUGAACCAGCUAACCUACGCUGCGGCUGCCAUUCACCGUCGAUUCCAUGACCCAUCCGCCAUUCAGAUGUGUACCUUGAUGAACAUUAAGACCGGAGGAUGUAGUGAGGAUUGUUCCUACUGUGCUCAAUCGUCGCGUCACAACACCGGCUUGAAAGCGACGAAGAUGAGUCCCGUGGACGAUGUGCUGAAAGCCGCCCGCAUUGCCAAAGCGAAUGGAAGCACCCGCUUCUGCAUGGGUGCGGCCUGGCGCGACAUGCGCGGUCGCAAGACAAGUCUCAAGAAUGUCAAGCAGAUGGUGUCUGGCGUCCGCGAAAUGGGUAUGGAGGUCUGCGUAACCCUGGGCAUGAUUGACGAGAACCAAGCCAAGGAGCUGAAGGAUGCCGGCCUGACGGCUUACAACCAUAACCUGGACACGUCCCGGGAGUUCUACCCCACUAUUAUCACCACCCGAUCGUACGAUGAGCGCUUGAAGACCCUCUCUCAUGUCCGUGACGCUGGAAUCAAUGUUUGCUCCGGCGGUAUCCUGGGUCUCGGCGAGGCGGACUCCGACCGUAUCGGUCUCAUCCACACGGUUUCCUCGCUCCCUUCCCACCCGGAAUCCUUCCCCGUCAACGCUCUGGUUCCCAUCCCGGGCACCCCUCUGGGUGAACGCAAGAUGAUCUCCUUUGACAAGCUUCUCCGGACCAUCGCGACGGCCCGUAUCGUCCUCCCCGCCACGAUCGUCCGCUUGGCUGCGGGCCGCAUCUCACUUUCCGAGGAACAACAAGUUCAGUGCUUCAUGGCCGGUGCGAACGCUGUCUUUACCGGCGAGAAGAUGUUGACGACCGAUUGCAAUGGUUGGGAUGAAGAUCGCGAAAUGUUUGAGCGGUGGGGCUUCUACCCCAUGAAGAGUUUCGAGAAGGACGCCGAUGCCGCCAUCUCGAAGGCACCUGCUCCGUCGGAAAAUGUAUCCGCUGCGCCGGCCGCCGCGAGUUCGUAA